UGUGAUUAACAGGAAGUAUGAAUAUAAAAAUGUGAACAGAAAAAAGCAAUGACUAUUUCUUCUAUAUGUAUGGUAUGGUAUGGUAUGGUAUGGUAUGGUAUGCGGCGUAGUAGUAUGAAACAACUGGUGAUGUGAUAGGCAAUAUGCUAAUAGUUAAUUUCAUAAAAAUGUACUUAGCUAAUAAUUAUGCAAUAAUUAACUUUCUAAUUUUACUGAAAUUAUUUUACAUCAGUGCUAAUGAUCUGCAAUGGUGCAAUUUUGAUGUACCUAAAGUGAAAACUUCUACAGAAUGUACAGUCAUACGUCAAUGGCAAGAGUACAAAACCCAUAAACACGUACUAAUUAAUGCAAAUGAGAAGAAGAUUUCAUUUAGUUUAACCUGUCCACUAUGUCCGUUAGAAUCGGUAGAUCAAUUUAAAUGGGUUUAUGUAGACGCAAAAACGACGAAUAUUAUAUUACACGGAGUUUACAAUAUUUUUAUUGGACAUUAUGUUGACAUCUGGCGUGCAGAUUUAAAAGAUGUUAAAGGUCGUUUGUCAACAGAUCUAUGUGUCACUAAACAUGAUUUACAAUUGAUCGGACGAAAUGUUGAUGUAAAUCGUUAUUCGGGGACGUAUAUCUGCGUUUUUCGACGUCAUAAUUAUCAUUCAGCCAAUCAUAUUUAUCACCAUGUUUAUCGAAUUGAAUCAUUCAAGUCAAGAUCCCUCCAUCAUAGAGUUCCAUAUGUUUCUUUUUACUUGAACAGAGUUUAUAAUAGGCGAGGGAUAAAUGCUGUAAAAGAUAAAGUAGACACUAAUCUAAAACGAGUGAAAGAACUUCAAAAUCAAAACUACACUUGGUCAAUCAUCACAUAUAAAGAACAUAUUGAAGGUGGUAAUAUAAGACAGUGUGGCAGACAGUGGAUUCAUUAUUAUAGACGGUGUUAUCAGAAUAUAUCACAGCACAUGUUAAGUCAACGCUGUAGAGGUUGUCUUAUGGAUUCUGUUAAAGUAUAUACGUUACCAUUUAUGCGUUUAGCAACCUUGUACAAUAUAGGACUUGAAGGCGCAAAACAAUUAGCUAUGAAAGAAGCUAAACGUCUUGGAUUCCAUUUAUACGCUGACAAUGGUUACUUCCUGGUACCAUGUGAAUACGAAUUAAUACAACAUUUGAAUGUAGAUUACGUCAAAAAUCCACCACCUGGUAGACAUGUAAGUGUCUUUUAUGAACUUAUGUGUGCUCGAUUCGAUGUAAAGAGAUUUGAGAAUAUAACUGGAGAAAAAUAUCAUAUAUAUCAAAUGAAACCAACUGUAAUUAGUACUAUUCAGCAUGAUAUUUUUUAUUAUAAAGAAAUGCAAAAUAUAUUCUUCAUGGAAUAUGAAAAACAUGUUGUAUUGAAAUGUGAUUUUGAUAAAAUCAAACAAUUAGAUCCUGAAUUACAGAAUUACGGUCUAUAUUGGAAAUCAUCCAAUGAGAAAUUUCAACAGAAAAUGAAAAGAAACAGACAAAAUUCCAAGUGUCAAGCUGCUAAUAAAUGUGAUGUAAUAUUUCAAUUACUUCAAAGAAAUGAUGUCGGAACAUAUUAUUGUAAAUCAAAGAAUUUAGACUUAACUAUUACUCAUUUUAAUAAAACAAAAUAUUUGCUUAAAUGGAAUGAUGCACAGAUUGUGACCUAUAAUUUAUAUGUAAAACGAGUGAAUUAUAGUUGGUCACAACAAAAUACCAUAAUCAAUGGUAUAAUUGUUUUGAAUGUAUGGUCAUUCUUGUUAAUAAUUAUUUGGAUAACUUUUCUUUGCUGUAUAAACUAUGCGAAAAAGAUUCAAUCAGAUUAUUACUUUGAAACUGUGUAUAUGAAUGAAAGUAUAUUACCAAAAUCUAAAUAUUUUGAAGAAUGCUUACAAGGAAUAAAUAAUAAGAAGAAUUUCAAGAGAAAUACCAUAUUCUUCAUUUGA